UAAAAUCGGGGAUAAAACGGGGGCGGCGGCUGUUUUGGGGCCCAUUCUCGGUCCUCGGUCGACGAAAGGAUCAGAUCGUGCGGGGCAGACAAGUUGGGGGCGUCGCGUCGUUGUCAUCGUCGUGGAGGUUUUUCCGGACGGGCGAAACACCUAAGACCUAAGUAGUAGGCCGCCGGCGGAAUCAAUAAAUUAUUUUCGCGACGUCCGACCGAGCCUGCCCGUUGUGCGCAAGCGUGCCACGGCCGAUAUGUCAACUAAUGGUAAUUUAGUUCAAUGGUCAUUCCCGUGUUGUUAAGUCGUAUUUGAUGUGUCGCGAAAAUGGUGAUCCCCAAACGCGAACGGAACGAAAAUAGCAGGAUAUACGCCUCCACGAACCAUGACCGACUCGUCUGAGGAUGGGAACCAUUUGGUGCGCGUUCGGGCUCAGGUGAUGUCAAGGGAUGACAGCUCGGGGGGCUGGGUACCGUUGGAAGGCGGGGGACUCAGCAACGUUUCGGUUACGAAGAAACCGAGACCGGUACCCUCGACUGUACCCGGAUCGGAGAACAUCACCUCUGCCAAGCCGAAACAUGACUACCUGAUUUACGGGCGACGCAUCAGUGACCAAAGCAUUGUACUUAGUUGUACGAUAAAAAAGGAUUUCGAGUACAAUAAAGUUAUGCCGACUUUUCACCACUGGAAGACCGGAGACAAAAAGUUCGGAUUGACAUUUCAAACCGCCGCGGACGCCAGAGCUUUCGAUAAGGGUGUGAGAACAGCCGUAGAAGAACUGCUGGACGGAUUCCUACACGGUUUGACGGAAACCUGUCCGCUUACUCUUCGUGCUUCACAUAAAGAUGUUGGAGACGACGAUGUUUUUAUGACUUUAAAUCUUCCUCAAGAACCAAAAGACUCUCGCAGCUCCAGUGAUUCCAGCACAAAAGCAACAGAUCAUCUUCACAAAAUACAUUAUUUACCGAGGGACCGCGCUGGUGACCAAAGGGUUUUCGAACCUUUAAAAGAUAAAGUAGUUGAAAACUAUUCAUAUGUACAACUCACCUCCGCUCACGAAUACACAUACCCAAUGGUCGAAGAUCGUCAAAAACCAACAUUAGCAAGAAGAGAUUCAAGUAGUAGCUUGAAGAAAGGUCUGGAACUUGUUGCCACACACCAAUCACCAUAUCCAUAUAAAGCGAAAAAGAAGCCGGGUAAACCGCAGGUUCGGUGCAAACACUGUCACGACUUCUUUUUCGAAGACAAAAACCGAAGAGGCGCUUGCGAAUACGCACCGGAUUGUGUCCGAUCAACCAUCAACACGAUCACGUGCAUCGGUUGCGUCCAGUGUUUGUGUUAUCAUUGCGCAUCGGACAACGAGGGCGACUUCGCGCAGCAUCCGUGCGAAUGCAACCACGACGAAAACUGCUGCCGUCGGUGGCUGUGCUUAACGUUCUUGUCGAUGUUUGUACCAUGUCUUUGGUUUUAUCCACCUUUAAGGUUGUGUUAUUGGUGCGGUGUUCAGUGUGGCGUCUGUGGCGGUCGCCAUAGUACUAGUAUGUGAUGUCGGACGCAGUGGGUUUUACGAUAUUAGUACAAUAGCUUGAAUGAAAUAUAAAGAUCACUUUCAUAAAUGGAGGUAAAAAUGGAAAAAAUAUUUAUGUUUAUAAUACUUUUCUGGAUUCUAUUUUUAUUUUUACUUUAAUUUAUAAGAUUUGGAAAAAUUUUAGACCUACUGAAUUGUAUGGUACUGAGAAUGCAAAAGGUUAAACACUUUCUUCCUGAAUCAUCCAUCUUGAUAGUAACGUAAUGAUUAAAAGAAGAUGAUAAAAGAAUUUGUGCUUGAAGAUGAAUGAAUAAAUAAAUAAUCAAAUGAUAAAUAAGAUUUGGUUUAGGCAACUGCACGCUACUUUAGGCAUUUAAUCCAGAUUAUAUCAUAUUAUCAGAUUAUAUUAUAUAAUUUUGUAAUCUGGUGGUUUUGAAAUAUAAAUGAUUUGUGAAGUGGCGAGCAGUUCUAAGUUUUUAUGCAAGACUACAGAUCAAUGGUGUUUCAGGCAAACAUAACAGUACACCUAAAGAGUAAUCUGUACCAGUAAGGAUAUUUUUAUUGACUGUUUAUUUAGAGAUGUUACAAUCUAUCACUUCCUUUAUUCUUACCUGUAGUAGUGUAGAAAUGUAGGUCUACAAUUUUCAAUCUCUUUUAACAUAUACCAAAAUAAAUUCCAACAAUUACUAUUAAUUAAUAACCAAUAUUAUUAUCAGAAAUAAACAACAAAAUGGCCUGUAUUUUUAUUUGGACCAUAACAAAACCUAGUAAUUAUUUGGCCAACCCAACUGUUGACUUUUGAGGUUUCAGGUAUUUAUCCAUAGCAAUAUUUGAUAAAAUUUAUCCACUUUUCUUGAUCGCUACGUCAUUUAGAUGAUCGUAUGAAAUACUAAAUUUGCAUAUGUUAGAGCAAAGAAUAUUUUCAAUUAGAUGAGGUAUGGACUUUGUUCCAACAAGUGGUUCUAAUUAGUUAGGAAUUUGUUAGCUACAGUUUCACAUAUCAAGGAAUGCAAUUUGUGUAAUAAAAGUCAGUAUGAUGAGUAUGACAUCUUGCUAAAAAAUGAUAUUAUGCACUGGCCGCGGUUCACCAUCAAUGUUUGCAAAAGUAUGGAACCUACUUGCAAGCGUUUCUAUGGUAUAUAGGGAAUUGUGGAUGCAUAUAGACGUUUGUCAUGAAGCUGUUGUUAUGUGACUUUGUUAUUAAUUCUGACACACGAUAUUUAAAAAAGCUAACAAUAAUCUGAGUAAAAACAAAUAAUAGUUACAGUUAAUGAUAAUGUAAAAAUUAAUACUUCAACUCAAAGAAUGUGAACUAUAUAACCGAUAUUCUAUAACCAAUUUAAUACCCAGUGCAAUUUUUUGUGUGCAGAAUGUGCAUGAGCUGGUGUUAAUGUCAGUGUAAUCUAUUGACAAAGUGGUUAAUACAGCGAUUUAUAAAACAUCUACUUAUAUUUAACAUGCUAUUCAAGACACAGAUUGGAUUUCGAAAAGCCUAAGCUUAUAAAUCUAUUAAUAACAUCUUUGACAUAUUCAAUAUUCUGAACACUUUAAUAUCUAUCAUUACUAAAUCUGUGACAUAAUACUUGUAGAUAAUUGAUAAUGAGGACAGACAAAGGGAAGUUGAUUUAUUAAAAUAUUAUAACAACAGCUUCAAAAGUCAUUACUUCGAUUAUAACGAUUUUUUAGUGGCAUUACAAAAUAUCCCAGAUGAAAAACUUCAACAUGAUAUUUUCUACUAGUUUCUGGCAUAUGGGGGUAGCCUUAACCAUGAAUACACUGAAUAUAGCAGCUCUUAGAUUUUGUAUAAAAAGUUGCACACACUAUGCUUUGGAUAUAAAUCUAACAAACAAUAAUCUAACCAUAUUGGUACAGUGUCAUAUACUGACAUAUCAAUGCUAACAUAAACGUUGUUAGUUAGUACUUUAAUCAGUUACAUUUUUGUUGCCAUAUUUAGUUAUAUGACAUGUGAAUUUGCACACUCUAUCCUUUUAAAUACCCCUAUUUGCCACAAGAAUAGUACUUUUCUCUUUUUACCUUUACUGUUUUUUUAAAUGGACACACACUUACGCAACACCUCAACAGCAGGAAGCGUUGAAACACGUACAGUUGCUUAGGAACAGUUCAAAAGGUUAUAUAGAAUUAAAAUUUUGGUAUGAGCAAAAUCUCUAAAGUGGUAACUACAAACAAAAUACAAGACCCUUGUAUUGUUCUACAACACUAAAAUCUAAAUUAUUUUGAUAUUCGUUCUUGCUUUGCUCUCCCGAACAAUCGGGUUAAUAUGAUAAUAAGAUAUUUUAGCAGAAUGAUGUGUCUAAUAAUGUCGUCAAGUUGUCGUUGCAGCUAAAUGCUUGUCGAUUUCAGGAACCAUUAUAGAAUGUAGAAGGCAAAUCACAGAUUUGAGCACUGAAUCGCCCAAAAUGCAAUGUAGAGAGUAAUUAUAAUAUCAAAAAUAAAAUCAAAGGCAUUAGACAUCAUUUCUUGAACAAGAAUAAGUUGUGUGGUAAAUUCAAAUUAAAAAAUAUAACAACGUUGCCUAUAGUGUUGGAGAUAUACUGUUCUAUAUAGGGGAAUACAAUUUUCGCAAGGUUCUGCGAGAUUUCAGCUUCUUUGAAUUUUCGUCUCUCGAUGGAUGGUUGGAUGGAAAAACAGAUUUUUCCCUCUCUCAUUGUUUAUCAUCAUAAUUAAGGCUUCACCGAAUCCCCACUCAAUCGAUUUGCCAUCGGUUUCUAAAAUUUUUCCAAAUUAAUGUUUCUUUUGGUCUCGCCCACCUUUUAUCUCUUAGCAAGAUCGUUAUUAACAGUUUUCCUUUUAUUCCAUCCGUAACUGUUCCUUAUUGGUCUUAGAUUCAGACCCGAUAAAAUUUUCGGCGGUAUGCUGCUCUAGUUAUUUCGAGUUUCGAUCAGUCAAUAAGACUGGAUGGUGUGUUGACUCUUGCAAAAUCAGAUGGAUUUUCUUGUUGGUAAUACCACCUCCUUUGAUAGAAAUUUUGCUCAUCUUGUACAUUUCUACCAUCCCUUUUGUCACAUUGGCAUUUGUCUGAAUUUACCUAGAUAUCCCUUCCUUUCCUCGUGUAUUGAAUGUUUUCCUAUAACUAGUUGAAAGGGUGACAUGCCAGUAAUUGCAUCAAAAUUUACUCCUGAUACUGUAACAUAUGCAGAUGAUACCUAUUAGAUUAGCGAAGUUAUGUACUAUCUUCUAUUCUACAAAGUGGGAUGCAGCAUGACUUACAUCUAUGGUUAUGUUGCUAUAGACUAUUAAGUUUUCGCCUCUCUCUAUUUCCAUUCUCAUAGCAUUAUCAUAAAAGACAUUCCAUUCAGCUAUUAUUCUUUUUUCCAUUAAAUAAGAUAUUUUUUUCUUUUAUUUGUUACUACAACUCCUUAGUUUAGCCGUUUCCUUGUUUAUCAUACCUGCUUUAUUGCUUGGUCUUCCGUACUAGUCGUUUUUUGCUUUUCUAUCAAUAUCAAUUCUGACAUUUUUUAGGAGUAUUGAAAAAUUCUAUUUUUAAAGCAUUCAUUGUAUAGAUAAACAAAUUCUAUCAUAUUUUUCUUUGUUUCCCGUCACAUCUACUUUCUGCACACUUUCUUGAUUGCUCCAUCCAGCUUAUCUCCAGAAAAUAAGAGCAGUUCCAAGUUUGGUAUGUUACUCUUCUUCCAUUCCACCACUCCUAAGUCACCUAUCGACACCUAAUCUAACAGCAAAACUGAUCUAUCUUGUGUGCGGUAUUAACUCCAAAACCGUGGGUUCUUGCAUUAAUAUUCGAUCGGGAAAAUGAAUUUUCUUUAAAAGUUACAUGUUGAAACCAUGAUUAAAUCAUAUUUAAAAACUAAGAAUGAAAGAAAAAUAUAAUUUAAAAUGUUACUAAUCAAAAAUGUUUACUUUCGAAAGAUUACUUCACUACUUAGUCGACUUGAGGAGAUAGAUGACGUAUUAAAUUGGCAACAGUAUUGUAAACCAGUGUUCUGGUUUGAUGAAUACCAAAUCAGGCUUUUUAGUCACUGCCCGGAAACUUAGUAAAUUGUCAAAAACCCUUCUUCUUAUACAUGAUAUUAGUUAGUUCUCUCUUCUCUAAUGACACUUUAGUUUUUGGUAAAGCCUUCUUAUCCGAUACUAACGUCUAGACAUCAAAAUCAGAUAUAAUGGUAUAAUCGCAUUUAAUGUAAUUUUGCUACCAUAAAUUAUAUAGCUAUCGAUGCAUUGCCAAUUAAUCGAAAUUCCUCUACCUGCGAUGAAGAUACACUCAGAGACAAUCUUGAGCACGCUCUAUCAAGACAGAUAUCAGAUCGAUGCAGUUAUCCAUCACUAGGAGAGAGAUGCUGUCAGAUAGCGUCAUCAAUGUACCCUUAAUUAAAAUCUCCUUCAGUUUCGCCAUCGUUGCUUGAGGUAGAUUGGCCUCGUGCCAUAAGUUGGUCUUCCAUACGAAUUGUUUUUCAAUUUUUCUAUCAAUACAAGGUCUGACACUUCUUAGAAGUUUUUUCUGAACACCUUUUAAGAAGUUGUUUUUUGGAAGAUACGUUCAUCUAUCUUCUUUACGGUCUUCAUCUUCCAUUACGGGCAAAGAGAACUAUUUUAAUUUUUUUUAGAAUAGUGGAGAGAUCAAGGUGUCUACAUAAAAGCUUACCAUAACCCCAGAAUUUGAGAAGUUUUCUCUGUAUCUAAUGCAUCAAUUUAGCACUAAAGAGGAUUCCAACCCAUUUAACUUUUAAUAUAAAUCUUGCAAAUAACUUCAGAAUUAAAUGAAAAAGUCAACCUGUUUCCUCCAAAGACAACAUACAUUUUCAAUUUGUAACCUAAUACAAAUCUAAUUUUAAUUUUCUGUUUAAUCCAUAAAUUAUGCAGUUGCCAAAGUACCUAGAAUGUCAUUAAUAUAGCCAUAAAUUACGCGUCGUGUUUAUAUUUACUUCUGUAAUGUGGCAGAAACCUAUGGCAGCAGUGAAAAGAAAACUUGUCAACAUAAUAGUCAACAUCUUCAACUGAAAGAUGCGAAUAAUAACUAUAAAAUAAUAUCUGGUAUUGUAUUGUAAGAGUAUAUGAUCAACAAUAUGCCAUGCAAAUUUUAUAGGACUAUCAUAAACAAUUCUUGUAAUGGUACUUAAUCUUGUAAAAAAACGAAUAGAGAUAAAAUUUAGUCACUUCAGUUUUUCCAUGUUUUAGAUAUUCCGAAACUUCUUUCUAUUACUCAUCAUGAUUUUCCUGUUGCGGUUAGAAAACCUAACAUAAAAACGCUCCAGUUACUGCUUUUAAAUUCUUUAAUAUAUUUAGACGGAAUAAUUUUGAUUUGCGAUACCACCAUUUCCAUAUUAGUUAUGGAAACUUAAUAUAUUUUUUAUUUGCGUUUACAAGUUUAAUUAAAUCAGAUCAAAAAGAUGACGUAGCGAUGACCCGAAAAGGAUUUAUUUUUAAAUAGUUUUCUUUAACUUUCAAAAAAUGUUUGUACUUUUUUGUAUUGAUAAUUUAAUGCUGUUCCUAUUAUACUAAUAUCGUAGAAAUCAACCGUAAUUAACCAGUGCUCAAUCAUGCGUCGGUUGUGAACACUAAAAACCAUCGAUUUUUCUAUUUCCCGGUUACAUUUUCAAGACUGUUUAUUUUUCUAAUUUAUUUUUUAAUUUAGGUAAAUCACAACCUGUCCCAUAAUUGGCGGUUACAAAAAAAGAGUACCUAAGAAAAAGAAACGUUACACUUUAUUAAAAAAA